AUGGGAGCUGCUGUCUUCCUGUUAGUGGAGCAAGGUGGAGCUGUAUUAGCUGCUUGUGGCCAAGUGGUCUCUCUCUUGAAGAAGGUUGAAUUAUGUGGAAGUCUGCCCAUUUUUUUUUAUUUUGUGGCUUUGAUGAAAAUAGGGGCUUACAAGUACGUAUCCGAGCUAUGGAGGAAGAAGCAAUCAGAUGUGAUGAGGUUUUUGCAAAGGGUUAGGUGUUGGGAGUACCGCCAGCAUCCUUCUAUUGUUCGUGUCACGCAUCCGACACGCCCUGACAAGGCUCGCCGCUUGGGCUAUAAGGCCAAGCAGGGCUAUGUUGUUUAUCGUAUACGUGUUAGGCGGGGUGGUAGGAAGAGGCCUGUUCCCAAGGGUAUUGUAUAUGGUAAGCCUACAAACCAGGGUGUUACUCAACUGAAGUUUCAACGAAGCAAGAGGUCUGUGGCAGAGGAGCGUGCUGGCCGGAGAUUGGGGGGCCUCAGAGUUCUUAACUCAUACUGGAUUAAUGAGGAUUCUACUUACAAGUACUUUGAGGUAAUCUUGGUUGAUGUUGCCCACAAUGCCAUCCGCAAUGACCCAAGAAUCAACUGGCUGUGCAACCCUGUUCACAAGCACAGGGAGCUCCGUGGCCUUACCUCUGCUGGGAAGAAAUACAGGGGUCUACGUGGCAGGGGACACUUGCACCAUAAAGCUCGACCUUCUCGCCGAGCAAACUGGAAGAGAAACAACACCCUUUCCCUUCGUCGUUACCGCUGA